AAUAGCUUACCAUUUCCUCUGAAGACUAGGAGUGCUCAUUUUUUCCCAGACGCCUUGGACAGCAAAGAAAAGAGGAGUUUCACUGCUCGUUUCUCUUUCGCCUGCUCAAUCCUGUCAAUCCAGUGAAGAUUCAAAAAACGUAAAUGACUGAGCAAUGACAUCUCUGCAGACAUGGCCUCUUUCAUUGCUGCUUGUUAUUGCAUUACAUUGUUCUAACUCACUCGAAGACAACAAGAUCCCCAAUUUGUGCACUGGAAGCCCAGGCAUCCCAGGAUCCCCUGGGUUGCAUGGCAGCCCCGGUCAGCCCGGCAGGGAUGGACGAGACGGUCGUGACGCUCAACCCGGAGAGAAAGGGGACAGAGGAGACAGAGGAGAACCAGGUCAGUCGGGGAUGAGGGGCCUUACGGGAGACCGAGGAGAUGCAGGAAAAGGAGAGAGAGGAAGCCCGGGCGAGUGUGCGGUGGCCCCCAAAUCAGCUUUUAGUGCCAAACUGUCUGAGUCCCGCACAAGCCCAUUGGCGGUAGGGGACGCGGUGCGUUUUGACAAAAUCAUUCUAAACGAGCAGGGGGAUUACAAUCCAGAGACGGGACGAUUCACCUGCAGAGUGCCGGGCGUCUACUACUUUGCUGUUCACGCCACAGUCUACCGCUCCAGCUUGCAGUUUGACCUCAUAAAGAACGGACACACCGUGGCCUCCUACUUUCAGAUCUUUGGGAACUGGUCCAAACCAGCCUCGCUGUCUGGAGGAACACUAGCGCACCUGAUUCCAGGAGAUCAGGUGUGGGUGCAGAUGGCCCUGGGCGAGUACACUGGCUUUUACUCCAGUUCGAAGACAGACAGCACUUUCACUGGUUUCCUAGUGUACUCAGACUGGAAGAACUCUGCUGUUUUUGCAUAGAUUUGAAGCACACUGCAAAUAACUUUCUGUCUGUCUCAUGCAGGUUUCAUGAAUUAUAAAAAAUACUUUCAUGGGUUAGACAAAGGCUUUUGAUUGGCCUUCAUUUACAAUAAUUUCAUUAGAAUCAUAUGAUCAGCAUUGCACAGAUGAUUACGUUCUAAGCACAUGUAGUCAUACAGAAUAAAAUUGCUGGAGUAUUUCCAUGCAAGUAAUUCAAGUUUGAAAGUCAUUAAUGAAACAUAUUACUACUUUGGAAAUAUGGAAUAAAAAAAUGAAAAUACUGAAAAAGAAAAUCUUCUGCUGUUUUUACAGAAAAUGUUUAUUCUGGUGGCAGUCUAUAUUUUGUGAAAAAGCACAAUAAAUACUUUCCAACACG